CAUUCGUUCCAACAAGCCGGACCUGAUAACGGAGCUUUCCACAAAGGCCAGUUUCCUUUUGCAGCAUGUUCAAAAGAAAAAACUUAUUACUCCCCGGGAGUACAACAAUCUUCACCCAAGGAGCAAGGAUUAUGGAGAAAGUGUAACCACUGAGUUGUUAGACAAGCUAAUGAAUAAAGGUGACCCUCAGUGCAAGGACUUCAUUUCCCUAUUGAGAGAGGACCUAAUGCUGGAUGAGUUUCCUGGAUUGAGGAGCCUCCUCCUGAGUGCGCCUGCGGCCCCCAACCAAGUGGCUGCAGGGGCUGCUGCAUCAGAUACUCCAGUCCAACAAGCUGGUUUGGAGAGAUACAAGAUGAAUCACAGUCCUCGUGGCAUCUGUGUUAUCAUCAAUAAUGUGGACUUUGUCAAAAAGGAAAAAAAACGACAUGGAUCUGAUAAAGAUGCAGAUGCGUUGAAGAAUGUCUUCACCUGGCUUGGCUUCACAGUGGAAUCCCAUAAGAACAAGACUGUGGAUGAAAUGAAGCGUGUCCUCCAAGACUGCAGUAAGAGGGCUGGUGGAGACUGCUUCAUCUGCUGUGUACUCAGCCACGGUGGAUCAAAAGGCGUGUCCGGGUGUGAUGAUGAAGUUCUCCCCAUGGAAGAAAUACUCAAGCCUUUUAGAGGCCAUGUGUGUCCAGGGCUCGUUGGGAAGCCUAAACUCUUCUUCAUCCAGGCCUGUCGAGGUGGUGGUAUCCAGGAGGAAGCCAGGCUCACUAUGGACAGCAUAAUGGAAGUCUCACAGGAUGUUGAUGAUAAACCGCUCCAAAUAACAAUCUCGGCUGAUGCUGACUUCCUAGUUUGCAGAUCUACUGUGGAUGGGUACGCGGCCAUGAGACAUCGAGAUUAUGGCUCCUGGUUUAUCCAGUCUCUAUGCAAGCAUUUCGAAAAGGAUGUGCCAAGUCAUGACAUCUUGGACAUUCUUCUCUGGGUCAAUGCUGAAGUUUCUCAAAAGGAAGCAAAUAUAACUCUACAAGGGCAACGCCGAAAAGCCAGGCAGAUCUCGGAACAGACCUCCAGACUCAGGAAGAAGCUCGUCUUCCCAGUGCCCCAUAAUUAA